AUGCAGCAAAAUAGUAACUGCGCCAUUUGCAGUUAUCCGUUGGCGCGCGGCAAUUGCAGGAUCGUGGGGAAGAAGGGAAUUAGUACACUGAUCACACAGAGCAAACGCGUGGAAGACAAAAAAUGGUUGGAUUGGGAAAAAAAGGAAAAACUGGACUGUCAUGAGAAGUGUAGACUUUCAUACUCGGUCAGUGGAACGUAUACUCAGCAUUUUGCGUUGAAUGCACCAAAUAACAGUGUCGUAGCUGCAAGGGAUGAGGUUCCUGAUUUCCAUUACGCGGAUAAUUGCUUCAUUUGUGGUUUGAGUAUAAUAAAAGAUGCGAAAACAAAAAUCUGUACAGUCACACAAAAAGAGACGCGUGAUAACUUGGUUGCAAUGGGAAAGGAAAGAAAUGACUCUUUGGGAAUUAGCGUUGUUGAAAUAUUAGAGAACAUUUCUUGCUUAAUUCGCGUACAAGGCAGAUACCACCGGACAUGCAUGUCUCAUUUCAAUGCGUAUGGUUUAAACAAAAAUAUCGAAGAUCUAAACUGGUCUAGAAUCGAUCCAUUGUUAGAACCUGUGUGGCAAGUUCUUGAAGAGGACAAAAAUGUUAUUCAUUAUUUGUCGAAGUUAGUAGAACUUGUGGAUGAUGACUCUAUAGAUAGAAGGACUGUAGCAGAUCACAUUAAAAAACGUUACGGUGAGGAAGUUGAGUGCAGUAUAAUGGGGGGAAAAGAUAUACGUAUAUGUUACGUGUAUGCUUCAAAAGUCAUCAUGUUUUUAAUGUGUCAGCAGACCCAUCAAGUUUCACAGAAGGGCAGAUACAAGUUAUUUUGCUUCAGGCCUCAAAUAUAA